AAGACCUUCAAGUCAUACUUCUCUACACUACUACCUACACCGAAGCUCUAUAGUAUAGACAUAGACAUACAUCUGUCCAGUACCAGGUCAUCGAUUAUUCUUCAACUGCCACCAAAGUCACCAUUGUUUGGCAGCUGAGACUUCGCAACCACACGUUCAUCAUGUGCAAGAAAGCCGCGUGUGACUCCUGCCACAAGACCACAUGGUGGGGCUGUGGUAAACACGUCGCGGGUGUCAUGAGUAACGUGCCCUCAGAGCAAUGGUGCACCUGUGGACCACGAGUGGAACAAGAAGGACACAAGUACCCUCCAAUGGGUACGCUAGUCUCGGCGUGACGACUUGUCGAAGAAAAGGGGAUUAGAACUCUCGAUAGUAAACAAUCUAUCUACGUCCGGGUUGGUUAUAAAGUGCGUCCAUGAUAGGCAUGGCAUAGCAUGCGGAGAAGCUGGAAGUGGCUCGAGAAGCGAGUCGAAGGGGAUGAGUGUCUGCAUGUAAUGACGCUAUGAUGAUGCUGUACGAUGACAAAUUGAAGGAAUUUUCUCACUACA